AUGAAAAAUGCUCUCAAGGCCAAAAAGAAAACCGGUUUCAUUGAUGGCUCUAUUACGAAACCAGACAAGGUGAUCCAAGAUGAAUGGAGUGCAUGGGAGAUGUGCAACUCCAUGAUCAAUGGGUGGAUUCACAACAUCAUUGAUGCCAAAUUACAACCUUUUAUUAAGUGCUUUGAUGACGUGAAAGAUUUGUGGGAAGACUUGAAAGAGAGGUAUGUUGUUCAGAAUUUUCCAAAACAGUAUCAACUUAGAGCUGCUCUCACAAACACACGACAACAAGGAAGUACUAUUGGUGAAUAUUACACCAAGCUCCGCGCGAUCUGGGAUGAGCUCGAAGGCUGCAAGAUUUCCAAAUCAUGUGCUUGUGGAGAUAAUUGUGCAGUGGCGAAAGAGAUAGAAGAAGGCAGAGAACAUGAACACGUGUAUCAAUUCCUUAUGGGAUUGGAUGAGGCCUCCUUUGGGAACUUACGUUCUCAGAUUCUUAAUACUUCUCCUCCUCCAACUCUUAAUAAAGUUUAUGCAACUGUUACACAGGAGGAGACACAUCGUACCAUUGCUCGCGGCCAUGAUGAUCGUAGCGCUGUCAUUGGCUAUGCAGCCCGCAUCGAAGCCAGUGGCGGACGAGACCCUAACGCGCAACGUAUGCUUGCGGACCAACUAGUGGUUCGUACUCCAUGUCCUCACUGUGGGAAGACCAACCAUGAUCCAUCUCGUUGCUGGAAAAUUAUUGUUUUUCCACCUAUUCGUGGAGCAACUCGCGGACGGGGGAAGGGACGUACUGGCGGACGUGGUUCUCAUAAACAAGCGUAUGCCAUGCAAACAUCUGACGUUCCUCAACCAGCAAACGCGUCGUCUUCACCAACAAUAGCUGCGUUCUCGGUUCUUACUUCUGAAGUGGUGCAUAAACUCAUGACAUUGGUAGAUAACUCUCAAACAAAUCAGACCACUGACAAAUUGUCUGGUAAGGCUACUCAAUCUCAAUGGCUUGUUGAUAGUGGUGCUUCACAGCAUAUGACAGGCACACUGGAUUUAUUGACUGAUGUUAGAAAGAUUAAACCUCUAGCAGUGGGGUUACCUAAUGGUGCAAUUACUCAUACAGAACAACAAGGGACAAUGGUGUUUAAUAACAAUUUUAUAUUGUCAGACGUCUUGUUUGUCCCACAUUUGCGCCACAAUUUGAUCUCAGUUUCUCAAUUAUUGCAGCAGAGUAACAACAAAGUGAUUUUUACUAAUGGAAAAUGUAUUUUGCAGGACCAAGCAUUGAUGAGGGAGACUGGAUUGGGUGAUGUUCAUGCAGGAGUUUAUGUGUUUCAACCAAAGUAUGCUUCAGUUUCAACCGUAAGGGUUCAGGAGUCUGCAGAGUUGUGGCAUAGGCGAUUUAGUCAUCCAUCCUAUGAAGUUGUGUCUUUGCUUCCUUUAUUUUCCCAUGUUUCAGCUAAAAUUGCAGCAAAUAAUACGACAUGUGCCAUCUGUUGUCGUGCUAAGCACACUAGGACUAUGUUUCAUUCUAGCAGUAAUCGAACGGCUAUUGAUGCAGGAUGUGAGCCUCGCCAUUUCAGAGAAGCCAUGCAAAAUUCGAAAUGGGUAGAUGCUAUGAGAAAAGAAAUCACUGCACUGGAGGAUAAUAGGACUUGGGCAGUCACGGUUUUGCCAUCUGGUCGAAGAGCAUUACCUAGCAAAUGGGUUUUCAAGAUUAAAUAUCAUUCUGAUGGAACCGUGGAAAGAUAUAAGGCACGGUUAGUUAUUGCAGUUAACCAUCAAAUAGAAGGAGAAGACUAUGGUGAGUAG